AUGAAACUAAAAGAAUUCCUUGAAGAAGGAGAAAUAAAAAAAUACACGACAAAAGACAAGAUUUUAUUCGAAAGACUAUAAAAUCUUGAAAUAAAAUACAAAGAAUAUAAAGAAAAAUACGACGAAAUUUAAAAAAACGAAGAAAAUUAGGGACAAAAUAUAUCUAAAUGUAAAAGAUUAGAACUUAGUGGUGGUGAAAAGAGUAUUUUCUCAAUUUUGAUAAUAAUGGCUUUAUAAAAAUGUGAUCCAGCUCCAUUUUAUGUAUUUGAUGAAUUCGAUGCUGAUUUGGAUCCUAAUUAUAUAUAAUAAAUUGCUUAAAU